CUGGCGUAUGUUAAGAGCCCGUGGAAAAAUACAAGUGGAGGAGAAGGUGCGCAUAUCACGUCGUGGAAAGGCUCCAAAGCUGUGCUGAUUUGUGUGUGGGGUGAGAUAGUGUUUUGCACCUUGGAAAAGCUGUGAGAAACUGAGCACAGCCUGAAUUGCCCCAGGGCCAGCUAUGGCAGACAAGUUCGAGUUCUCGAUCGACCGUGGCGGCACGUUCACGGACAUAUACGCGCGCUGCCCGGCCGGCCGCGUGCGCACGCUUAAGCUGCUCUCCUCCGACCCGGACCGGUACCCGGACGCUCCGACCGAGGGCAUCCGCCGCAUACUGCAGCAGGAGACGGGCAGGCCGUUCCCGGCGGGCGAGCCCAUAGACUCCAGCGCCAUCUCGUGGAUCCGCAUGGGCACCACGGUGGCGACGAACGCCCUGCUGGAGAAGAAGGGGGCCGACAUGGCUCUGCUCAUCACCAAGGGCUUCAGGGACGCGCUGCACAUCGGGAACCAGGCCCGGCCCAAGAUCUUCGACCUGUCGGUCGCCUGCCCGGACGUACUGUACCGUGACGUCAUCGAGGUGGACGAGCGUUUGUUCCUGGCGUCCGAGCGCUGCCAGAUGGAGCACGACUACGAGCGCGUGACGUCACGCUCAGGUCACGAGCUGCUGGUGGUGCGGCGGCCCGACCUCACCGCGCUGGAGCCGCAGCUGCUGCGCCUGCUGGACGCCGGCAUCACCAGCCUGGCCGUGGUGCUGAUGCACUCGUACCUGUACCCGGACCACGAGGUGGCGGUGGGCGCGCUGGCCGAGCGGCUGGGCUUCAGCCAUGUCAGCCUCUCGUCGGGGGUGAUGUCGAUGGCGCGUCUCGUGCCACGCGGCUUCACGGCCGCCGCCGACGCCUACCUCACGCCCUGCAUCAAACACUACCUCAAGAGUUUUAGCGCCGGGUUUCGAGACCAGCUUAAGGACGUCAAUGUACUGUUCAUGCAGAGUGAUGGUGGGCUUACGCCCAUGGAUAGCUUCAACGGCUCCCGCGCCAUUCUGUCCGGCCCGGCCGGCGGCGUAGUCGGCUACGCCCAGACCACCUACCGACGAGAAACUGAACUAGCGGUUAUCGGGUUCGACAUGGGUGGCACCAGCACUGACGUGAGCCGCUUCGAUGGCAGCUACGAGCACGUGUUCGAGUCGACCACGGCAGGCGUCGUCAUCCAGGCACCCCAGCUGGACGUGAACACGGUGGCGGCUGGUGGCGGCUCCAUGCUGUCUUUCAGGGCCGGCAUGUUCGUGGUGGGGCCAGAGUCAGCCGGCGCCCAUCCCGGCCCGGUGUGCUACAAGAAGGGCGGCCCUCUGACGGUGACCGACGCCAACCUGGUGCUGGGCCGGCUGCUCCCGGAUUUCUUCCCGUGCAUCUUUGGGCCGGGCGAGGACGAGCCGCUCGACAGUGGCGCCGCCUACCUGCAGUUCCAGAACCUCACCAACGAGGUCAACAAGUUCCUGCAGACGCAGAAGGGCGGCCGCUCCGAACCCAUGUCGGUGGAGGAGGUAGCCAUGGGCUUUAUCCGCGUAGCCAACGAGGCCAUGUGCCGGCCCAUACGCUCUCUGACACAGGCUCGGGGGCACGACACGUCCCACCACGCGCUGGCCUGCUUCGGCGGCGCCGGCGGCCAGCACGCAUGCGCCAUAGCGCGCGCUCUCGGCAUGGGGACGGUGUUCGUGCACAGGUACGCCGGCAUCCUGUCGGCGUUCGGCAUGGCGCUGGCUGAUGUCGUCCACGAGGCCCAGGAGCCCUGCGGCCGGCCCUAUACCCCCGAGCACUUUGCGUACUUUGAUGAGCGUCUGAGCGCCCUGACAGAAGUCUGUCGCCAGAAGCUCAGACAGCAGAACUUCCCCGACCACAAGAUCACGACCGAGGUUCACCUGCACAUGCGGUACGACCAGACGGACUGCGCGCUGAUGGUGCAGCCGGUGGCCCGACAGGCGGGCGACGGCGCCGCCCCGGCAAGCGGAGACUUCAUGGCCGCCUUCCUGCAACGGUACCGCAAGGAGUUCGGCUUCGUCAUCGGUGACCGUGACGUCAUCGUGGACGACGUGCGCGUGCGCGGCCUGGGCGGUGCCUCGGUGGAGGACGACGCCGCGCUGCCGCCGGCCGCCAAGCCGCCCUGCCCCAAAACGGAGAGUGAGGUGUACUUCGAGGACGGCUUCCACACGGUGGGCGUGUACCUGCUGUCGGAGCUGGGGGCGGGGCACGAGAUCGCCGGGCCAGCCGUCAUCAUGGACUCGCUCAGCACCAUCCUGGUGGAGCCCGACUGCACGGCGACGAUCACGGCGCGCGGCGACGUGCGCGUGUGCAUCGGCUCGGGCGAGCGGCCGCGGGUCGGGCCCGAGCUGGACGCCAUACAGCUGAGCAUCUUCUCGCACCGCUUCAUGAGCCUGGCCGAGCAGAUGGGCCGGAUCCUGCAGCGCACGUCCAUUUCGACCAACAUCAAAGAGCGGCUGGACUUCUCGUGCGCGCUGUUCGGCCCAGACGGCGGCCUGGUGUCGAACGCGCCGCACAUUCCCGUCCACCUGGGCGCCAUGCAGGAGGCCGUGCAGUACCAGAUCCGCGCGCUGGGCGACGCCAUCCGACCGGGAGACGUGCUGCUGUCGAACCACCCGUCCGCCGGCGGCUCCCACCUGCCCGACCUCACCGUCAUCACGCCCGUCUUCUACCGGGACUCGGAUGGUCCGGUGUUUUUCGUGGCGUCGCGCGGACACCACGCCGACAUCGGCGGCAUCACACCCGGCUCCAUGCCGCCCCACUCCAAGUCGCUGCUCGAGGAGGGCGCCUGUUUCAAGUCCUUCAAGCUGGUAGAGGCCGGCGUGUUCCAGGAGGAGGCGGUGACGGCGGCGCUGCUGGCGCCGGGCGAGAUCCCGGGCAGCUCUGGCACGCGCAACCUGCGUGACAACCUAUCAGACCUGCGUGCCCAGGUGGCCGCCAAUCAGAAGGGGAUCAGCCUGGUGGGCGAGCUGAUCGACUACUACGGCCUGCCGGUGGUGCAGGCGUAUAUGGCGCACAUCCAGCAGGCGGCCGAGCUGGCCGUGCGCGACAUGCUGCGCCAGAUCGGCCGCGGCGCCAGCAGCCGCUCCGGGGCCGCCCGGCUCCGCUUCACAGACCGCAUGGAUGACGGCAGCCCUAUCCAACUGGCCGUGGAUAUCGACGAGGAGGCGGGCUCGGCCGUGUUCGACUUCAGCGGCACCGGGUACGAGGUGUGGGGCAAUUGCAACGCGCCGAGGGCCAUCACACUAUCGGCCAUCAUCUACUGCUUGCGCUGCAUGGUGGGCCACGAUGUGCCCCUGAACCAGGGCUGCCUGGCGCCGAUCCAGAUCCGGAUCCCGCCCGGAUCGCUGCUGGACCCGUCGGAGACGGCGGCCGUCGUCGGCGGCAACGUGCUCACCUCGCAGCGUAUCGUCGACGUGGUGCUGGGAGCCUUCGGCGCCUGCGCCGCCAGCCAGGGCUGCAUGAACAACGUCACGUUCGGCGACGACCGGUUCGGCUACUACGAGACGGUGGCCGGCGGCGCCGGCGCGGGCCCCUCCUGGGACGGCCGCAGCGGUGUGCACAGCCACAUGACCAACACACGCAUCACCGACCCGGAGAUCAUCGAGGCCCGCUACCCGGUCGUCGUGCAGCGCUUCUCGCUGAACCCGGGCACCGGCGGCGCCGGCCGACACCGCGGCGGUGACGGCGUGGUGCGCGAGCUGCUGUUCCGCAAGCCGCUGACGCUCUCCAUCCUGACCGAGCGGCGCGUCUUCCAGCCGUACAGCCUCGACGGGGGCGCUCCGGGAGCUCGUGGCCAGAACCUGCUGCUGAAGCACGACGGUCGGACCAUCAGCCUGGGCGCCAAGACGUCCGUCCUGGUGUCCACUGGGGACACGUUCCGGCUGUUGACGCCGGGCGGCGGCGGGUUCGGCUCGCCGGGCGGCCUCAAGCCGGCGGAGGCCUCGGGGGCCGGCCAGGGCGCGCCACGCACAUUCCUGGCGCGUGGCAGCCUGCACGACUACCUGCUGGCGCAAGAGUCGGUGUAGUGACGCAGUCAGCUGUCCCGGCAGGUCGUGUCGGAGUCAGCACCACCACCAGCUGAUCCAGAAAUGGGGGGGGGGGGGGGGG